CUAUAGCUCUGCUAAAAGAGCAUAGCAAUAAAAUGACUUCUAAAGAUAUUCUGCUGUACUCAGACUAGUGGAUUGUUCACCCAUUAUUAGAGAAGCUUUUACCUGCAGUAGAUAAGAAUGAAUCCAAAGACCCACAACUAGACAAAGCAGAGAGUGAGAGACCUUGGAACACUCAGUCCUAAGUGGAUGUCUCCAUCAAAUCCCUUCCUUCAGGGCUCAUGGAACCAUGUAGAAGAAGAGGUGGAAAAAUGGUAAGAGCCAAUGAAGAUGGAAGACACCAAGGAAACAAAGUAGUCUCUACACAGCAAGACCAAUGCACACAGGAGCUCACAGAGACUGCGGCAGCAUGCAUAGGGUUUGCACAGCACAGAUACUGCGGCAGCAUGCAUAGGGUUUGCACAGCACAGAUACUGCGGCAGCAUGCAUAGGGUUUACACAGUGCAGAUACUGCGACAACAUGCAUAGGGUUUGCACAGGCCUAAGCCAGAUAGGGUCCCAGUGCUGUGAGGGGAGCAGACACAAGCCCCCAUCUCUAACCCAGAUACUCUCCCGAUUGAUAGCCACUUGCAAGGGAAAACUUAUUUUUCUUUAAAGGAGUCUCACUGGGUACAAAACACACUUAAGGGUAGGCUCCAAGCUCAGCAGUUAGAUGACCAACACAAAACAAACUCAAUGGUAUUUUCGAAGGAUUGUUUCUUUAUUCUUUCAGGGGGUUUUGCUGUUGUUGUUUACCUCAUAAUGCUUUGUCUGGUCUCCCCACCCCUUACCCCUUUACAGGUCUUUGUUUACAUAGUAUGGUUUCUGAUUUAGUGUCUUGUGGGAUUUCUAUGUGUGCCAAUAUGCCUCUGUCUAGAUGUUUCUUGUGCUUUUUCUUUGACUCUGUUUUUUUUUCUAUUAAUUUGUUUUUAUUUUAUUUUAUCUAUUUCUUUUUUUUUUUUUGAGACCUUUGUUUAAUAAUGAGAGAGCAAGAAAAAGUGUAGAUCAGAUAGGAGCUGGAAGAGUUGAGGGAGGGGAAACCAUAACCAGAAUAUAUUGUAUGAAAAAAAUCUAUUUUUAAUAAUAAAAACAAAGAAAUGUCUGUUGUACCAAGGUUGAAAAGCCCUGACCUAAGUAAGUACUCGGCACAUAACAAGUGUUCAGUUAAGUGUUAGCUGUCCUCAUACAAAGGAGUACUGUACCUCAAAAAAUUAUGUCAUAAAAAUUUGGAGUUACUCGUCUUUCGGGUCUUGGCUCCAAGAUGACCAAAAAAAGGAGAAACAAUGGUCAGGCCAAAAAGGGCCGCAGCCAUGUGCAGCCCAUCCGCUGCACGAACUGCGCCCGGUGCGUGCCCAAAGACAAGGCCAUUAAGAAGUUUGUCAUUCAGAACAUCGUGGAGGCCACCGCUGUCAGGGACAUAUCCGAAACCAGUGUCUUCGACACCUGUGUGCUUCCCAAGCUCUAUGCCAAGCUGCAUUACUGCAUGAGCUGUGCUGUUCAUAGCAAGGUAGUCAGGAAUAGAUCCCGUGAAGUCCACAAGGACCGGACACGCCCACCACGAUUUAGACCUGCUGGUGCUGCACCGUGACCUCUACCAAAGCCCAUGUAAAGAGAUGGCUUCAUAAAGACAGAAGAAAAAACACCUUCGAAAAAUAAAAUGGGGCUUACACUUUUUGAAUGUG